AUGCAGAGCGAGCGCUCUGGGCUUUUCGACAGACAAGAACUGCAGCAACAGGUGGACUCGAGCGCGCCCGAGGCGCUGAUUGUCAAGAAACAGAUCUGCGAUGCCUUUUGCUCGCUGGAGCCAACGCAGGCACUGGCCAACUUGCGACUGGUGCAGCAGAACAAAGAGGCUGCAGAGGAGCUACUGGAGGAGACCUAUCGGCGUCUGACUGAGCACUGUACCGAGGAGAGUUUUCCGUCGCUCGAGUUCCGCACGGCCACGGGUAAGAUGCUGAUUGAGGUCGAGCGGUAUGAACAGGCGUGCGACGUGCUGGAAGGAGUGAUGCAGGAAGACGACGAGAACGCCGAGCUCUGGUUCCUCGUGGCGACGUGCUAUCGUGCGAUGGACGACUUGCCAAACGCUCUCGAGUUCUUCGAAAAGUGCCGCCGGAUGCUGACAAAAAUGAAGAAAGAGCUGCGACACGACUUCUACCUGGACGAUCAGCUUGAGACGGCGGGAGACGACAGUGGUGAUGCAAAGUCAGUCGGACAGCAGGACGUGGAAAUGAAGGAAUGA